AUGAACACCCUCUUUACCAUCGCCUUAUGUUUGACCUUCGCCGCUACCACCCUUGCUUUUAAUCCAAUGAUGGGCGGUAUGGGUAUGAUGGGUGGUAUGGGUAUGAUGGGAGGUAUGGGUAUGAUGGACCCCUACAUGAUGGGCAUGGGAGGACUUGGUAUGAUGGGAGGUAUGGGAGGACUUGGUAUGAUGGGAGGUAUGGGAGGUAUGGGUAUGAUGGGUGGUAUGUACAACCCAAUGAUGAUGGGUUAUGGUGGACUCGGUAUGCUCGGUGGAAUGGGCGGAUACGGUAUGAUGGGCGGUAUGCUCGGUGGAAUGGGCGGAUACGUUAUUUUGGUCAUUGCCUCAGAUACGUUCAAAUUCGACAAGGCGAUAAAUUUAACAAUAACGGAUAACAAAAUCAAAUAUAAACUGAAAUUACUUGUGGGGGUUGUCAUGCAUGGUUAUAUCCAUUCGGCAACCCUCGACAGUUUCCGUAAAGCUUAA